AUGCAAAAUCCGUUUGAACAAACACAAAGGAGUUUACUAUCGCGUAUAAUAAGCAAUGUGGAGAGACUUAACCAAAGUGUAGUAACAUUGAACCAAGAGUUGUCGAUAUUGAAUUCGAAGAAUCAACAACUAUGUAAUAUUGCUACUAUCUGUGAUCACUAUCAGGAAUCUUUGCAGUUUAACAUAUCUACUACUGGACAGUUAAAACCUCCAUCAGAAGGUUAA